ACAGCUGCUUCCUGGUUCUCCACGUGCUGCCAGCAGCGCUGGAGCUGCCCGAGCCGGAGCGGAGCCGCUGUUCUCAGCUGCAGCCAGGAUCUGCCCCCGGCCCCGCUGGGAUCCAGGCCAGAGAAUAACAUCCAUGUUUCGCUGCAGAUCAUCUCGUCCUCCCAGGGGCAAGGAAAUGGCUGCAAUGGAGCUGGCUCAGGGGCCGGUGACCUUCGAGGAGGUGGCUGUGUAUUUCUCCAGGGAAGAGGGGACUCUGCUGGACCCCACUCAGAGAGCCCUCUACAGAGAUGUCAUGCAGGGGAACUAUGAGACGAUGGUCUUGCUGGGUAAGGAUUCCUGUCCCUUCUGUUCUUGGAAGGGGAAAUGAAGAGUGAAGGUUCAUGCCACCCCCACAA